AUGCUCCGAGUUCUGGCAUACAUCUUUGCAUCAGCUGUGCUGGUUAGCGCUGCAGUGAAAGGCACGCACCAGCCUCGUUCUCUUCCACCAAAUCCACCUCUUCCCGAGAUCUUCGACAAUGUCACCGUUUGGACACCUCCCGAUGCCUACCCAUGGAAGGACCACAGUGGCGGGACCUACGGCCGUUCAGUCCUGUUGAACCAAAACUGCGAGACCGGCAUUCCAACCAUUCUCGCCACGGCGAUGUACAAUCCGGCAGAUGGUCAAUACCUCCAGAUCUUCCAGUCGAAAGACUACGGUCUGACCUGGUCGCUGCUUUCGAAGGCUUACUUUAAUGGCAACGCCAGUAUUACCGGUGGCUACGUCUAUCAGCCUUUCCUGUACGAGCUCCCCCAUUCAGUUGGCUCCUUCCCGGCGGGUACAAUCAUCCUGUCUGGCAACCGGCUCGCAGCCGGCUACACCUGGGCCGAUAUUCAAAUCCACGCAAGUCGAGACAAGGGUGUCACCUGGGAGUACGUCUCCAGCGUCGUCAAAGGUGGCUGGACCAAGUCCGGAGGCCCCGAGGUGGGAGGUAGCCACGGGAUUGUCUUCGAACCCUUUAUACUCUCUUACGACAACACCUUCGCCGUGUACUACUCCGAUGAAAGUGACCCUCGCUACAGCCAGAAAUUGGCGCAUCGCACCAGCAAAGAUCUGAUAACUUGGAGUGCAACCGUGGACGAUGUCACAAACGCCAACGCCGACCUUCGUCCGGGCAUGAUCACCAUCGCGCCGAUUGCGAACAAUAAGUGGAUCGCGAGCUACGAGAUGGGACCCAAUGCUGACCCAAAGGCUACUUGGGCGGCCUUCUACCGCAUUGCGGAUUCUCCAUUCAAGUUCCUCGAUGCGCUGGAGUAUGAGUUGCGUGCGGACACGGGCGAAAUAGCCAACGCCGGGCCAUAUCCCGUCUGGACUCCAGCCGGCGGAGAGAACGGUACCAUCGUCGUCAGUGACUCGUCGAAUGCUGGCCUGUUCUUGAACACGAAGAAUGGGGACGCUGGAGCCUGGAAGCUUGUGGCGAGUGGGCAGGAGGUGGGAUAUACGCGCUCGUUGUCGGUCCUGCCGGGAAGAGGCGGCAAGGUCGUCCAGGUCCUCAACGGCGGCAAGUACAACCAGGACAACACUCACAUUGAGGUGGGAGAUUUCGUCGUGCCAGGUCCAGAGGGCAAAGGUCCUGGAGCGCAGGGAUUUCCGGCGUGCAACCGCAUAUGA